AUGCCGCCCUACUUAAAGAUAUAUGAUGGUACUACCAAUCCAGAAGACCACAUCAUCCACUACGUUGCAACCGUAAAAGGCAACGAUCUCUCAAAAGAAGAGGUACCAUCGGUGCUGUUGAAAAAGUUCGGCGAAACCUUAACAGGAGGAGCCUUGACAUGGUACUCUCAACUACCAACACGCUCGAUAGCAACAUUUGAGGAAAUGGCAGACAAAUUCAUCACCGCCUAUGUAGGAGCCAAAAAGGCAGAGGCUAGGGUAAAGGAUAUAUUUGCCAUAAGACAGAUGCACGGCGAGAGGAUCAGGGACUUCUUAGCUCGGUUCAAUAGGGUGAUAAUGAGCUUGCCAAAUGUGACAGAGAGAAUGGCAGUAGCGGCCUUCCAGAAUGGACUAAACAGAAACGGUUCGAGAGCGACCAGAAAAUUGCUAAGCAGGCUCAUGAAAUACCCUCCAACUACUUGGGAAGAAAUCCAUAACGCCUACUGUGCCAAGGUACGAGCCGAUGAGGAUGAUAUAAACAGCCCGACCCAACGGUUGAUGUCACUCCAAAUUGAAGCAAAGAAAGAUCAUCGCAAUGAGGGUCAAAGAGAUCAGUUGGGGCCCCGCUCUGGUCAGGAAAGGCAUCAACCCUACGUCAGAACGUCUGCCCCGCCUCCACCAUGA